AUGGUCGUGUGUCGUUAUAUCCCAGGAAAUUCUCGAGUCCGUUACGGAACUCGCCAAGGCCAAGCGGAACAACUUGCUGAGGUAGACGAAGAGAUUGGGGAGCUCUUCCCCAACGACGAAUUGUUCAAUAACCACCAGAUUGCCGCUGCUAUUCGACGCUCCACAAUCGCCCUCAAGUUCUCCCCGGUCUUCCUCGGUUUUGCGAUCAAGAACACAGCCGUUCAGCCCAGCUUGACGAAGGAAGAUCCUACAUUCAAAGUUCACAUCGAUCAUGAGAGCAAAGAGACCAUUAUUUCCGGCAUGGGAGAACUUCACCUUGAAAUUUAUGUUGAACGCAUGCGCAGAGAAUAUAACACUAAUCGCGUCACUGGAAAACCUCGCGUAGCAUUCCGUGAGACUAUCACUCAACGCGCCGAUUUCGCCUACACGCACAAGAAGCAGACUGGAGGCGCGGGUCAAUACGCCAAAGUUGUCGGGUACAUCGAGCCGAUGGAACCUGACCCAGAGACCGGAAAGGACGUUGCUUUCGAGAGCGUGGUCAUGGGUGGGAACAUCCCUACUAACUUCAUUCCUGCCAUCGAAAAGGGUUUCUAUGAAGCACUUGAAAAAGGUGCCUUGUCUGGUAACGCCAUUUUCGGAUGCCAUUUCGUGCUCAAGGAUGGUGCCUUCCAUGCCGUCGAUUCGUCUAAACUGGCUUUCCGACUUGCAACCAUCGGUGCUUUCCUCGUUGCUCCCGUUGAAUUCCAGAGUCAAGUUAUCGGUAGAUUGAACACUCGUCGUGGUACCAUUGUUGACGGCGAAGUCCGCGAUGACGAGUUCACUGCUGCCGCUGAGGUGGCGCUGAACGAUAUGUUUGGGCAUUCCAAUCAACUUCGUGGUUCUACUCAAGGGAAGGGUGAAUUCAGCAUGGAAUAUAAGCAUCACAUGCCUGUUCUGCCAAAUCUUCAGAAGGAUCUUGAGGAGGCUUACCGCAAGACCCUUGUUGUUAAAAAAUAG